UCUUUUUUCAUAAAUUUAAUUCAAAUUUAAUUCAUUGCUCCAUAGAAUUUUAUUCGACCCCAAAAUCCUUUCAAGCACAGAUGCUUUCAUAAUACAAACAAAGAAUUGGAAAAGAAGUACAACUAGGAUUAUGUUUAUCUUCUGUUAUGUUUUUCAAGUUUUCUUAUUUUCGAAUUUGACCGUAAAGUUUAGUGUAUAUAGGUAAUAGGUGUAUGAAUUUGUAGUUUGAAAUAAGGGAGGAUUGAACCUGAAAGCCAACCAAAACGAACGAAAGAAGAAAAUUCACAAAACCAAGCUACGAGGGCAGUUUUCUAAUUAAGCAAGCAAAAACAUGGCGGAGGCAGUAAUUUUAUCGUUGAUACAAAUGCUUGAAAAAUAUUGUGUGGAAGAACCAGAGCUUGUGGAAUGGGCAACUAAAGACAUGAGAGAGAUUCUGGAUAUAAUGAAAGAUACGAAAUUUGUAGAAGGAAGAAGGCUCAGCUUUUUGGUAUCUGAUUUGGUCCACAUGGCUCACAAGGCACUUGAUGUGGUACUUGACAUAGAAAACACCUAUUUCUGGAUGAAUUAUAUCGAAAGUUGGAUUGGAGAGAUCAAAAUGCGGAUGCUUAAACUGGGAGUUGAUGGGCCGGAAAUAGAGCCCAACUCAGAAAGUGUUGAUGAAGAUCAUGUCGUGGUCGGCUUGGAUAAAGACAUAGAAAUGGUGAUCCGCACGAUGAUUUUUUAUUCGGACGAACAACCUUCAGUGGUUGUUAUCAAAGGCAUGUCUGGUAUCGGAAAGACGACUCUGGCUAGAGAAAUAUACAACCAUGCAGUCGUCAUUAAGCGAUUCCAGUAUCGUGCUUGGGUGUGUGUUUCUAAUGUCUUAACAAUUAAAGAGAUAGUCAUCAAACUACUUCUGCAUGUAGUAGUAGAUGGUGAAAAUCUUCAUACAUUGGAAGAAAUGGACAACCAAAGCCUCCUAGAUAUGCUUCGCCAGCGCCUGCAAGGAUUGCCAUAUUUGAUAGUUCUUGACGACCUGCCCAAAGAAAUAUACUUAGAAUCUCUUUUGUCAGCUAUUGAAUCACAAGGAUGUGGCGAAAGUAAAUUGGUGUUCACUAGUCACAUGACGCAUGACUCUGUAAAAAUCAACUGUAUUGUUCAUAAGAUGGAACCUUUGGAUUUUAAUAUGAGCUGGCAAUUGUUUUAUGAAACAAUAAACGGUGGGAAUAAAUUGAGGAGUGAGCAGAAAUUCCCUAAGGAGUUGGAGUACCAAGGAAAACAAAUGUUGAGAAAAUGUGGCGGUCUGCCAUUAGCUAUUAAAGAGGUUGCAAAUCAGCUAGCUCAAAAGAAAGCCUCUAUUGGGAGUGAAUGGGAACAACUUCUUGCAUCUGUUGAUUUAGGUUCAACAUUGGAGUUAUUGGAACCGUAUUAUCAAAAAUUAGACCCAGAAUUGCUGCCAUGUUUCAUGUAUAUGGCCUUGUUUAAGGAAAAUACAACUUUGAGGGCGAAUAAGUUGUCGCAGAUUUGGAAAGUGGAAGGCCGAGGAAUUUAUGAUAGUGAUUCAUAUUUAUAUGGUUUAGUUGAUGAAUCUGUUAUUGAUGAAGUCAACGACAAGAGCACACGGCAGAGGAGGGAAUACGUUUUGAGAUCCUUGGAAGUUCUCGACUCAGCAGAAAUCCACGCCAUCGUGUGA